ACCAACCCGAGCUCAACUGACGUGCAAUGGAUGCCAAGCUAAGGCAAGCUGAUGAAUGUUUCUGGGGGAAAAGGUACAGAGAUUGCGACGCAAUUUUGGACAGUCUGAGGAGUGACCCCGAGGUUCAUUGGAGGAAGGCCCGUUCGAUAUUCGCACAAAGUACAUUCCCAUUUUAUCUCACAAUUUUACCUUGACAGUCACUUCGUCACCGAAAGAACCAUCCAAAGAUACGUUACGGAGUACAUUCACAAAAGGUCUUGAGGAAGCUGAUAAAGGAUUAGCCGCCAAUCCAAAACACGCCAAUUGUCUGACGGUGAGCCUUUAGAAUUUUCGACGUCAUUUGCAUUGAAAGUGGAAGGGCAUUUGUAUUAAUCAAAUCGCCAAAGUAGAUGGAAUUAACGAGCGCAUCAAAAAAGCCUACGAGAUUCAGGAACUGUGGGAGGUAAUCUGGUUAUGGCAAGUAGAAUUUUUCCAAGGCAGCACUCGAAGUAGACCCUACAAAUGAUUUGACUCUGGGCUGCAUGGGAAUAUGGUAAGUUCGUCUGUCCUCAUGCAUUCCCUAACUCCAAGGUGCUUCACGGUUACCGAUCUACCCGAAGUUAAGCGCCUGUUUGCAAAGGCGUUUUUCAAAACGCCUCCCAAUUCCACCUAUCAGGAAGUACAGAUUGAGCAUGGUUUUCUUCAUUAUUUGAACGUUUUUAGGCCUUAGAUUUUUUGAAAAAAUCCGAAAAAUGUAAGACUGGUGGCUGUGGAUGCACCUUAAUGCUUGUUUGGCAGAUGCCCAAAGAGCUAAUAUAAGAGUUCAAGCGGCAAUGGCCAAAACUUAUUAUCGGCUUAAGGAUACAGCGAAUGCAAGAGUGUAUUGCGAAAAGGUACUCGCUUCAAGUGAUACUGGAUAUGAGGCUGAUGAGGAAAAAGAGGAAGUGCAGAGGAUUUUGAAGAAAAUCUAACACACGGACAUAUUUAUACAUGUGCUUAAAUAUGGGGGUAUAAUUAUAGUUCACAAUGUAAAAUGACGUAGAGAAUGCAUUGUUAACCAAACAUAAAAUUAUAUUCAAGUCUAUGUAAAUUUUGAUGUACAAACGGAUUGGUCAUUCUCGGAAA